AGCAAGAAGAACCUUUGAUCAUCCUUACCUUAAAAAAUGGACGCAACUCCACCACCCUCCUCUUCCACCACUCCCACUCCUAAACCUCCUCUAAAUCCCUUCCACCUCCUCCUCCUCCUCCUCUCUUCCUUCCCUCUCCUUUCUCUCGCCACCUUCGUCCCCGCCGACAACUACCUCCUCGCCUGCGGCGCCACCACCUCCGUCGAUGCCGCUGACGGCCGCCUCUUCCUCCCCGACUCCUCCGCGGCCCCCGCGUCCCUCUCCGCCCACCAUUCCUCCGCUCUCUCCUCCCCCUCCCCCUCCCCCUCUCCCCCCUCCUUCCACUCCGCCCGCCUCUUCCACCACCCUUCCUCGUACUCCUUUCCCCUCUCCCCCUCCUCCUCCUCCGCCGGCCUUGUGCUCCGCCUUCACUUCCUCCCCUUCCCCCACCCUUCCUUCAACCUCUCCUCCGCUCUCUUUUCCGUCUCCGCCGCCGGCUCCCCGCUCCUCCUCCACUUCUCCCCCCCUCGCUCCCCCCUCCUCAAAGAAUUCUUCCUCAAACCCCCCAUCUCCCUCCUUCUCCUCUCCUUCUCCCCCUCCUCCUUCGCCUUCGUCAACGCCAUCGAGCUCUUCUCCGCCCCCGCCAACCUCAUCCCCGAUGAUGCCACCCCCCUCCCUCUCUCCCCUCCUUCCCCUGCCCCCCUUCUAUCCCGCCACUCCCUCGAAACCCUCCUCCGCAUCAAUGUCGGCGGCCCCACCGUCACCCCGGCAAAUGACACCCUCUGGAGGACCUGGAAUCCUGAUUCGCCAUUCCUCACCACGCCGUCUCUUGCCAAAGUUGCCACCUUUACUGGCCAAAUCAACUACCCCGAUGGUGGCGCCACCCGUGAGAGUGCCCCCGAGACAGUUUACGACACUGCCCGUCAGAUGAACAGGGUUAAUUCAUCCAAUUCCUCGUCGCCUUCUCCUUCUUUCAACAUUUCUUGGGUUUUCCCAGUAUCGAAUUCGGUUAAUGGCUAUAUUGUCCGGCUGCAUUUCUGCGAUAUAGUUAGUAAAGCACUGAAUGAUCUCUACUUUGAUGUGUAUAUCAAUGGCUACUCUGCUUACAAGGAUUUAGACCUUUCGGCGCUGGCCGGCUUUAUGCUGGCUUCCCCUUACUACAUGGACUUUGUAGUUAUGAAUUCGAGUGAUUCGGGGAGCAUUCGGGUGCGUGUAGGGCCAUCGGAGCGCAGCCUUCCGUCAAAGGUCAAUGCCAUACUUAAUGGGGUGGAGAUUAUGAAGAUAAGAGGUGUUGUUCCAUUCCCAAGGGAGGAGAAGAGGAAGAAGUAUCUUGCAAUUGUACUAGUUUCUGUUCUAAUUGGUACCUUAUUUUUGAUCAGUGUCUUGAUUGUGCUGAUUGUGGUAAUGUUGAGAUGUAGGAAGCCAAGGAAUGAGAGACCUGCAUCACAGGAGGCUGUGACUUGGUCGCCAUUGCCGGUUUUUACUGGGAGCUCGUAUAGUAGAUCGACAGAACUAACCAAUGCUUCACCUGUUCUUAAUCUUCGACUCAAGAUACCUUUCUCUGAAAUUCUUCUGGCUACCAACAAUUUUGAUGAGAAUGCUCAAAUUGGGUCCGGCGGAUUUGGAAAAGUGUAUAAAGGAGUGCUAAGAGAUGGCACUAAAGUUGCAGUGAAGAGGGGUGUGCAGGGGUCUCGGCAGGGACUUGGGGAGUUUCAGACUGAAAUUGUGGUUCUCUCCAAGAUCAGGCAUCGACACCUUGUUUCACUGAUUGGCUACUGCGAGGAGCAGUCAGAGAUGAUAUUGGUUUAUGAGUUUAUGGAGAAGGGUCCAUUAAGAGAUCAUCUUUAUGGAUUGAGCCAUCCAUGUUUGUCUUGGAAGCAACGGCUCGAGAUUUGUAUUGGUUCUGCAAGAGGCCUCCAUUACCUCCACACAGGUUCUGCUCAGGGAAUUAUUCAUCGUGAUGUUAAGUCUUCGAAUAUUUUGCUGGAUGAAAACUAUGCUGCUAAGGUUGCUGAUUUUGGUCUUUCAAAGUUAGGUUCUCAAAUCAGUCAGACUCAUGUGAGCACUGGGGUCAAAGGAAGCUUUGGAUAUCUGGAUCCUGAAUAUUUCAAGACGCAGCAGCUUACAGAUAAGUCUGAUGUGUAUUCUUUUGGUGUUGUUCUUCUUGAAGUCCUAUGUGCCAGACCUGUCAUUGAUCAAUCCCUUCCAUGGGAGCAGGUAAACUUAGCUGAAUGGGCUAUGUUGUGGCAAAAAAAGGGGCAACUUGGACGAGUUAUCGAUCCCUCACUGAAGGGCAAGAUUGAUUGUAGGUCACUGAGUAAAUUUGGAGAGACUGUGGAGAAGUGUUUGGCUCCGUAUGGAAUUGAUAGGCCCACCAUGGGCGAUGUACUCUGGAAUUUGGAGUGUGUUUUACAACUUCAUGAGAAAGCAAUGCAUGGAGAACAGUUUGGUGAUGGUACAAAUGGUUCUUUGGAUGUUGCAUCACUGAAUGUUAGGCAGGAUCCCUCAAUCUCUGUGACAGCUGGGAGAGAGAAUAGCAUUGCAGAAGCAAAAAAGGAUAAUUCAGAGGUGACAACAGGCAAAGUGUUCUCCCAACUGUUUACUGAUGAUGGAAGAUAAUCUCAAGGUUCUUUUGUGAAUUACAUUUGUACUUGAAUUGAGAUUCUUGAACUGAAAGUUUUUGGAAGGGUGGGUGAAAUGGAAUUCCAUCAGCCAUUCUACUUUUGUUCUAUGUUUUUAUCUGUUUGUCUGUAUUACAUUAGUUUAUCAAUAGGGAAAUUUUCAGCUCUCCAUUUGUAUUUAGUACACAUCAUUAUUCUGUUGUAUCUCAGUACACAUUGUCAGUAUCCUGUUGUAUCUCAUGAUCCGUUCUUUCAUUUAUAGAACAAAGUCUGUGUUUAUGUCUAAGAUGUAUUCAUUUAAUUGUCGUUAUUGUAUUUAGUCUAAAAUUGGAAGGUUA